GCUGGCCGUCGACCAUCUUUGUGAGACUUCAGUUUCUCGUUUAGUGCACACUGUAGUGUUGUUGUGGCUUAAAAUUUAUAGUUUCAUUAAUCAUUUUUAGCUCAGUGAUUAUGACUGUAAGUUUAGUUGACUGAUUAGGAGCUGUAGUUUAGUUAACCAUUUGUAGCUCGUUGAUUAUGACUUUAAGUUUAGUUGACUGAUUAGGAGCUGUAGUUUAGUGAAUCAUUCGUAGCAAUGUGAUUAAUAUUUCCUAAUGUUUAUUAAAUCAUUUUUAGUUAAGUGUUUAGGAGCCGGAUGCUUAGCUGAGAGCUAGUUGUGUUUGUUUGUUUUUUUGAGUUAAGGAGUUCAGCGCUUAUAAAGGUUGUACGUAAUGAGUUUGCUAGAGUUUGAAUUUUAUAAUUGAUUCUUGGAUGCGCAGCUUUCGAGACGCAACCGAUUCCGUUGUUUACAGCAAUCAAACUACUAUCUUUUGUGGUUUUUUUAUAUUAGUGGCGUUAACGUAAUAGCUGGCAUGGAUAGAAUAAAAUGUAAUGAUGUUAUAUGCUAAUCAGCUUCUUGUACGCUAAUCAACUUCAGUGUGGUGUGAUGUAGUUUUGAAUUAAUCCCUUCGUAGAUAAUCUUAACAUUUCAAGGCAGCAUGUAGUGUUGUGUCAUGUAACAGGCGUGUCAUGAGAGCAAACACUUGUGUGUGUUAGUUUUGCUGAUGGGUUUUGAAUAAUACACAAUUUAUUUUAAAAGCAAUAAACAUUUAAUCAUAUACUUUUAUGUAGACAGGACACAGCCUGCCACUUAGCCUCCCAAAAACUGUCACUUAGCCUGUGCCAUAGCCUUUCACAUAGCGUGUGAACAGCGUGGUUUCAGCUCCAUCUGCAAUACUGACGACAUUUCACUGUAGAGACUAAGACUAUCCACUCCAAGGCGAAGGUCAUCCUUCUCGGAUGGUACAAUCUCUGCUUUGAGUCCUGUAUGUUUAUUGGAAUAUGGCUUCCCUGGUGUCAAGCUUGUAACUAUGAGUGCUCGCAACAGCUGACCUAUUGAAUUCCAAUGAAAAUUUUUCAGCGGUUAGUGUUGUGAACCGGAAGCAUACAAUUCGAGGGGUCAUGUUUUUAUUUAUAUUUGUGCUCAGUCACCCAUGUCCUAGGGAUGUCAGCAGAAACAUUCCCCACGGGGGACAAGCCAACCUUGCCCUCCUCCCACACACACAAGUCCUCCCAAGUGUGGUCAUGCGUGUCACUACCACUAGCUGUGGCCAGCGUUGAAAUAACGUCACGCAUGACGGGGCUAAAGGUCAAAUCGUUGGAUUUCAUCGGCCCGAGUUAAACAGUCAAGUCAAGAAAAUGAAAAGUAUGGCGUGUAUUAUUGUGACUCUUUGGCUCUUCACCACUACGUCUGUGUUGGAGAUCUCAGCGGCGUCAGAUGGAUACAACUACAGUCAAGGUGAGUACUGCACUCCCCCCUUAUACGAAUAAAAAAGUCUGCAGUUGGCAGGAAAUUCCACCCCUCCAUAUAAGGAAACACAGUGCCGCCUGUAUCGCCUCUGCCUACGUCAUUGUGAAUAAUAUCAAUGUUAUGAUUUUGUUUCAAAUUUGAAGUUUCCAUAGGUAUAUUUACACAUAUAUAUUUCCAUACAUAUGUAUUUCCUAAUAUUUCUUAAUUACAUUCAUCACCCCGAUGCCGUGUGACGUCAAAGUGGUGUCAUAGUAUUUCAAGAGAGCAUUUAUUUAACUUGACCUGGUUUAUGAAUCAACAUCUUGUGAUGAGCGUGUUUGGGAGUGGGUUUUUUUUGUUUGUGAAGUUUGUUUGUGAAGUUUGUUUGUGAAGUUUGUUUGUGAAGUUUGUUGUGAAGUUUGUUGUAAAGUUUGUUUGUGAAGUUUGUUUGUGAAGUUUGUUUGUGAAGUUUGUUUGUGAAGUUUGUUGUGAAUUUUGUUGUAAAGUUUGUUGUAAAGUUUGUUUGUGAAGUUUGUUUGUGAAGUUUGUUUGUGAAGUUUGUUGUGAAGUUUGUUGUAAAGUUUGUUGUGAAGUUUGUUUGUGAAGUUUUUUUGUGAAGUUUGUUUGUGAAGUUUGUUUGUGAAGUUUGUUUUUGAAGUUUGUUUGUGAAAUGUGUUGUGAAGUUUGUUUGUGAAGUUUGUUUGUGAAGUUUUCUGUGAAGUUUGUUGUGAAGUUUGUUUUAAAUUUUGUUUUGAAGUUUGUUUUGAUGUUUGUUGUGAUUUUUUAUUGUGAAGUUUUUUGUUAAUUUUGUUGUGAAGUUUGUUUGUGAAGUUUGUUUGUGAAGUUUGUUGUGAAGUUUGAUUGAAUUUUGUUGUGAAGUUUCUUGUGAAGCUUGUUGUGAAGCUUAUUGUUAAUUUUGUUAUGACGUUUGUUGUAAAGUUUGUUGUGAUGUUUUUGUGAAGUGUGUUUGUGAAGUUUGUCCUUGUAUGCUUGGAGUGUCUGUAGUUGUUUUUUGUUUGUUUAGUGUUUGUUGUAAAUUUAAAAAAAAAAAAAAAUUUUUUUUAAGUUGAUUAUUUGAUCAAAACAUUCUAAAGUUUUUAAAAAAAAAAAAAAAAAAAAAAAAAUUGAGAAGAUUUUGAAUGUAUUGUAGCAGUGAUAGUGUUGUGUUUAUGCAGUCACGGUUUUCCAGCUGUCUUGUCAGUUUUAGCGGAGACAUCCUCCUAUUAAAGUAUAGAGAGAUUUACUCAGCAUUAAAAUGACAUUAAAACGGAUUGCUAAAAUUGCAAAAUUUAAUAAAUAUAACAAACUUUACUCAAUAAAAAUAGCCCCGCAGCCCCCCGGGGCCACCUCGUUCUCUUAUCUUUGAAUACACGAACGUGUGAAAUAAUGAAAAUAUAUUAACGGACAGCUAAGCUUGAAGUGAAUUCCAUUAAUAUUUUUUUUUCAAUUAUUUUUUGUUUGUUCUUGAUUCAGCUUUAUAACUUUAAUGUACGAAGAGAAAAAAAGAUGAAGCCACCAUCAUUGAUUGGUAGCAAGCAACACGUCAUACCCACUUAUUAAAAUGUAUUUCUUAUCUUAUUACUUAUGAAUGCCAUGGAACAGAUAUUCGCGUAAACACGGCAAACUUAGUAUAGACAAUAGACGUUUGUGUUCCUGUCUGGUACAUGUCACAUUGUAAGAUACGUGCUCGCUUGAAGCAAUCAAACCUUACUGUUCUAAAUUUGAGGCCUGUGUUUAAAAGAAGAUGUCAUUUGCACACACAAUUUCGUACCGUCACAUCAAUAGGGCGAUUCAAUUCAAGUUUCCCUUUAUGCAUGGAUAAGGUGAACUUGAGACGUGGGGACAGGUACAUCCGACGUCCCCCCCCCCCCCCCCCCCCCCCCCCCACCCCACCCCACCCCCACUACAUUUUUUUUUUUUUUUUUACAUACACAGACACACGCUGAGAUUUUUUUUUUUUUUUUUUUGUUAAUUACAAACACGAUGUCACCUUUGACACUCAGUGUUGAAUGACCCGAAUCCUAACUCAUAGUGUUGUUAUUUCCAGUGUUGAGCACGUUCUGUCACAGUAGCAGCAUCAAACACACGAUCACUGCCACUGGUCAGCUCAAGACAACGGUGGUCAGUUUUGUACAGGGCCAGGCAGAUCUGGACACAACAGAGCCGGAAACUAAGUGAGCCGCCAUCAUGUGUUGUCAUAGUUCAAUGAACGUUUUUUUUAAAUUAUUUUUUUUAUUGCUUUCAAUCGGCGAUCUUUAAACUAUUUGGUGAAUGGUUUUAUCAAACACUAUGCUGGUAAAACAUAAUAUACUAAAGAUAGAUUAUAACCCAAAGUACAUCAGAAAGACAAGUCACAUAAAAACAGAUACACAUGAAACCAAAAUUUAAACUCAUUGAACAAAUCCUGAACAUUACUUCCCCAUUCAAAAAACAGGAAAAACGGAUUUUUGGGGUUUGGGGGUGGGGCUGAAGAUUUGAAGGAAUGUGUUGUCGUCGGCAAAAAGUAUUUGCGCCCAAUGUUCAGCUCCAUAAGAUGACGGAAAGUGGGUCAAUAAGCUUGUCCUUGAAAAUAAUUAGUAGAUAAUGAUUUUUGAUGGUGGCGGUAAAAAAUUUGAUGGAAUGUGUUGUCAUUAACAUCUAUAGCUUCCAAGUUUCAGCUCGAUGGGAGGACGGAAAGUAGUUCAAUAAGAGUUCCAAUGAUUUUUUUUUCCCCAACACUCAAAAAGAAAGAAAGAAAUACAAGAACAAAAGCGAAGUUAAUAUAAAGGAUUAAAAAUAAUUUAAAUAAUAAUAAUUAUAAUAAUUUAAUAAUCAAGCUAGUUUUUUUGUAAUGAAAUGCAUUGUACAUUUUAUAAAAGCAUUCACGACCAACUGCCAUUGUUGUUGGCCACAGUGACAUGAUCCACCUACAGCUGAUUUGACACAGAGCUAUGACUUAUGAAGACAUUAGUAAAUGCUCAACACAAGACGGUGUGAUCAAGCCAGUUCACGUGAUCCGUUCGUAUUGAUGUCAAAGGAUUCUAUAAUCAUCAAAAUAUUGAUAUCAAUAUCAAAUUACGCAAAACACAUUCGAUCGGGAAACUGAACUAAAUUCCGCCCGGAUUGAACCCCACAAAAUUGCGCCCGCCCCUCCCCCAACAGACACGCUUACAUCUUUUUUAUAAUGUUAUUAAUAUAUCCUGAAAGUGUCGCACAGGGGUGGUCUCCCCUUUCAACCUCCUCUAGGUUACGCCCCUGCAUACGUUGACUUAUUUCUAUAACGGACAAAUGCAUCGGCGAUCGCAGCUUGUUUGGCGGUCUACCUCUGACAAAAAAAUCCCAAACUGUAAGGCUGCCGACCGGCAAACAAUGCAAACAAGGUGAACAUGUCUUUACAAAGUAAACCACAGGUACACAUGGAAAAAGCCUUCGGUCUUCAAUUAGUCACGAUCCAGGUAAUUACAUGAUUACACAAACUGUGCUGUCAGUGCCUCGCUGAAAACUUGACUGUUCUUUCACGGGUAUAGCUGCAGAGGACGAACACACGUUAAAGAAAAGACCUACACGGUUUACCAGAUUGACAUUUAAGUUGGUCAAGCCAAAGAGGUUAAUAAAUGCCAGGCAACAAGAGGGGCAACUACCUGGCACAUUGGACUGAGUUUUGAGGUCGAAACGCACAGGGGAGGGGGCAGUGUGAGUGUACAUAUAUUAUUUUCUUCUUCUUCUUCUAUAUCUUAAGGGCCCACGAUCAAUUUAUUCAUUAUUUUGGCUCCUAUGCAUGUAGAUGGGAUUUGCAAUGUUUCUGUUACUGGUGUUGAUGAGGAAAUCAUGCACUAGGGGUUUGAAGGCUUGAGGCAAUGGACACAAAUUAUGUGUCUAGUUUUGUCGCCUCAACCUUUUGAAAGCGCGUAGUUUGUAUGAAUAAUUAUCCCGAGCCUAAAGGGGAGUAGUAUGUACAUGCAAAAGUUGCUAACCCGAGAAACCUGAAUGUAGAAUCCCCCCCCCCCCCCCCCCCCCCAAACAAAAAAAAAAAAAAAAAAAAAAGAAAAAAAAAAGCUUUAAAUGAUACACAUAUUUUCCAUGAAAAAUUACGAUUUUGACGACAUCUGAUGGCGCCAGGGGAGGGUGCCCCCACCUCAGAGAUGUAGCGAGGGGGUGGCAGGGCGGGACAGAUCUCCUCGGUCGCCAGCUAGUUAGGGGCGCAAAAAUGUGCUUUGAUAUUAUUUUAUUGAUGAAAAUAAUGGGUUUGAGAGUUGAAAAAAAGAAAAGAGGGCGCCUUAAAAUGGAUCUUGUCCCCGGGCGCAAAUCUUGUCCUCGGGCGCCAAACACCCUCGCUACGCCUCUGCCCCACCUCCCACGGCCCUGGGUGUGCUGCGCGUCUGCAUUCGGCAUAACCUUUUGGCCGUUAUUCUCAUUCAGGGGAACGCUAAAAAAAAAAGGCUUUAACUCUAAUUAUAACCUUGCUAAAAAUAACAAAAUUCUGACGUCUUCCUGGUGGGACCGUCAAGCGUAAUAUCUAUACGUUUCUCCGUCCACGGAGAAGGCCAUUAGCGCCGAAAUAUAAUCCACACCGUGACAAAUUAUUGUUCCUUUCCCCAACAUUCUUUUGGGAUGUUUUCUCUGGAAAAUGUAAGGGUUUCGUAAAGUCUGUACGUCUCUCAGUAAUAAGGGGACGCAACUACGAGUAUGACGCAGCAGAGUCACUCUGCUGACGUGAGAGUUCCACGUAACGGCAAUGAGUGUGCACCGAUCACUUACGGACUUCUAAACAAGGCCACAGAUAAUGUAAUUUUAAUUCAACAUUAUGACGUCAUCAAAAAAAAUAAUAGCCCCAUUGACCCCGAAACUACUCCACCCCCCCCCAACCCCUUUUUUUUGUCUUCAUUCCGACACCCUACAGAUCUUUCCGAAUUGGUUAUUUCUAUGUGUUAUACUAUUUUGUAAACGAAACAUUUAAUUUGACCAUUAUUUUAUAUUGUUUCUUGAAUUAAAAUUAAGGUUUUGAGUCGAAUUUCGCUUUUUUUAAACAUUUUGUUGGUGUAUUGGUUUGUUAAUUUAAUCUCUCUUUGUGGCAGGGAAAUGAUCUGCAAUGUGUGGACAGUCACCUCAGAAAUUAACCAAUCAGAGCUGACAGUUAUUAUCAACAGCUUGAUCCUCGCCCCAAAGGAUUUGUUUUUUAUUGCAUCGGGUGAGUGUGUGUUAUUUGAGCUUAUGUGCUAUCAGGGCUACUGCAUCAAGUGGUGAGUGUGUGUUAUUUGAGCUUAUGUGCUAUCAGGGCUACUGCACCAAGUGGUGAGUGUGUGUUAUUUGAGCUUAUGUGCUAUCAGGGCUACUGCACCAAGUGGUUUCCCAGUGCUGUUCUCCCCACCCCCCCCCCUUUUUUUUCGAGGCGACCCCAAGUUUCCUCCACCCCACCAUAGCCCACAUCCAAUACAGGAUCAGGCUGGGCGCCGACAUGAUCACAGUCAAUUAGGCCACGUCGACAUCAUGGAACACCCGGUGCACAGCUGGCCUGUCACAGUAUUUGCUUAACGCUCAGAAAAGACAUGAUUCGUUGAUUGGGGUGCACAUCAAAUCGCACAGAAGCUCGUCAAAAUCAGUUGAAGUUAGCAACACCAGGCCUGUAAGUUAAGGAAGGAUUUAGCCCCGGACGAGCGGCCUCGCUGGUCCAUGCUGCAAUCCGCCAUCAUUGGUUUCUGCCAGCAAAAUUCAUUUUACGCCUCCAUUCGUUGUAAUUACACCUAAGCUUUAAUCCAGAAAAAAAAAAUUAUUUUAGAUUGUACAAUGAAUCAAACAUAUGCAUAACGCAGCUCGAUAUAAGUAGAAGAUUACAGUGCAAAAGUUGAAGAAUAUAUUAGUAACCUUGAAGAAUAUAGUGCAAAACUUGAUAAAUAUAGUGCAAAACUUGAUAAAUAUAGUGCAAACCGUGAGUAUAGUACAAAAACUGAUGCAUAUAGUACAAACCGUGUAGAAUAUAACACAAACCGUGAAGAAUAUAGUACAAACCUUAAAGAAUGUAGAGCAAACCUUGAGGGGAAAACACUGAGAUCAAGAAAUAUCAACUACUGAAAUAUAAACCCGGAAAAAAAAAAAAAAAAAAAAAAAAAAUAAAAAAAGAAAAAUACUAAAAAAACAAAAGGGGAAAAACCUUAGAUCAAAAAAUAUCAAACAAUAAAAUAAAAACCCGGAAAAAAAAAAAAAAAAAAAAAAGCCAGAAUUUCAAACGGCAUGUUCUUAAAAAUCGAAUUUUCUCAUACCUUUAAAUCAACACUCUCACACACCAAUCACUAGAUUAACACCCAUGCAAUGGGAUGUGAACGUCUCUCAUGGAAAAAUGUCCCUACCAUCACAAAGUCCACUGACUUAGUGAUGAUUGCUGUGUUCACACAGGAGUAAAUAGUCACGUUAUAACGCGUAAACAUAUCCAUAGCAUCUGAGUUGAAAUACGUGGGCCUAAAUUUAAAACAAAAUACGUCCAACCAAUAUUUAAUUUUUACACGAAUCCUUAAAACUAUUCAAUUUUUUUAAAAAUUAUUCAGGAAACAUCAUUUCUAAUCAACGUAUUAGAUUAUUUAUGGAUUUGGAAUUUUCUUUACAUUUGAGUAUAUGAUUAAAGAGCAUAUAUUUGUGUGUUGUUUUGUCUGUAACAAGAAGGCAUGUGUUAUAAACUUUAUUGAAAUAAAACGUUUCAUUUGAAGACACACGAGACGAGGUUGUGAGUUACGACUACAACAUGACCAAUCAGCAUGACCUUUUCCCAAAGGAAGUGACCUCCAGGCGUCCCAUAGUGUUGACCUGGGUACGUCCCGUGGUUCAGGAUUAUGACAUGGAGCCGAGGAAACAGCGCCUGGCCUUCUCCUGCCUAGCGGUUGGGGGUGAGUAUAAACGAUGGGAGUGAGUGUAAACGAUUGGAGUGAGUCAAAUAUGGUAGUGAGUAAAAGAUGGGAGUGAGUAAAAGAUAGGAUUGAGUGUAAAAGAUGGAAGUGAGUGUAAAAGAUGGGUGUAAGUGUAAAAGAUGGGAGUGAGUGUAAAAGAUGGGAGUGAGUGUAAAAGAUGGGAAUGCGUGGAAAAGAUUGGGUAAGUGUAAAAGAUGGGUGUGUGUAUAAAAUAUUGGGAUUAGUGUGAGAGAUAAGAGUGAGUGCAAAAAGUGGGAGUGUGAUUUGAACCACUGAGAGUAAUUAUAAUAAAUACGAGUGAUUGUAAUAAUUUAGAGUGAUUGUGAUAACUGAGAGUGAUUGUGAAAGCUGAGAGUGGCUGUCAUAAUUCAGAGUGAUUGUGAUAAUUGAAGGUGACUGUGAUAACUGAGAGUGACUGUGAUAACUGAGAGUGACUGUGAUAACUGAGAGUGAUUGUGAUAACCGAGAGUGAUUGUGAUAACUGAGAGUUAUUGCGAUAACCGAGAGUGAUUGUGAUAACUGAGAGUGAUUGUGAUAACUGAGAGUGACUGUGAUAACUUAGAGUGAUUGUGAUAACCGAGAGUGACUGUGAUAACUGAGCGUGACUGAGAUUACAGAGUGUGAUUGCAUUAACUGAGAGUGAUUGGGAUAACUGGGAGUGAUUGUGAUAACUUAUUAUUCUAUAUAUGAAAGGCCCAUGUUCAAGGUAUUGAUGAUUCUGGCUCCUGUAAUAACUGAUAGUGACUGUGAAAAGGGGUCCCGACUAAAAAACAAUUUAGAGACAUUGUUCUAUACAUUUGAAGUUAGCAAAUAAAUUGAUCUCGUGGUACAACUUUAUGUCAUUACCUGUUUUUAACCUUUUCUAAAUGUUUCUGUUUCGUUUAUACCCAUAGGGCGUAAGCAUUUUUCUUCUUAAUCUGAUUCUCACUAGAGCAAUAUCUUUAGAAAUAGAACAAUCAAACUGACCACAGUUUUACAAGUAUAGUUCCAACCGUUUGGUUAUUCUACGUAAUACUGUCUGGAAUGGUAUAUAUAUCACGGUUCUCAAACGGUGGGUCGCAAACCCUUUGGGCAUCGAAUGACCCUUACACAGGGGUCGCCCAAGGCCAUCGGUCUUUAUGCAGUAGCAGCGAACAUAAGUUUAUGGUUGAGGGUCACCACAACAACAGGAACAGGGUCGCGGCAUUAGGAAGGUUGAGAACCAGUGGUCUAAAUGUACUUUAUUUUUGUUCUUGUAGGCACAGACCCGUCUCUGGAGGAGAAAGAGAGGGUCGUUCUCAUGGGGGCCAUCGUCAUCUCAUUUUUCACCGUCGUCGCCACGGUGCUAAGCAUCACGAGGUCAACCAAGUGCAGCUGCUGCAGGUACAAAAGAGGAUAGACAAGUAGUUUGCUAUAGCAAGAUAAGCAACACAUACAUAUCAUAACAAUGCAUUGAGCAACUGUUAUAUGUAUAACUACAGAAACAAUUAGUGUGUAUUUUAGAACAGCAAUGAUUAAAACAAAUAAUGAGUCAUCAAUUAAAAUAAAUAAAUAUAUGUUUGAACCCUUCAUUACAGGCACGUGUGUGUAUUUUUCAAGAAAUUCAAGAAGCGACCAGAAGGGACAAGCGGGGACACGCCCGCGGACGAACAUCUCAGAUUUGAUCAGUCCGACAUCAGAGGCGGAGACGGUCACGAGGAGACGAUCAUCUUAAUGGGAAUGGAGGACACACGAAACAGGGCUGACACACAUCUAGACUCCCUGUCCGCAGGUAGCGGAAACGAUGCAAGGGACCCUAAUUCAUGCGAAGCAGCAACGCUUGAUCGGGAAAGAAAUGGACUUUUCACAAGUGAAUACUCACACACUUCAGAUACUGAUGAAGAAUAUAAUCAUAGAGUUGAAGAUUCUGAAAGAGGAACCGAGAUUUGUUUCAAUGCUUCCGGCAAUGAUCCGGAAAACUACGUCAUUACUGUGCCUUCAUCGGGCGUGAAUAAUUCGGGACACGGUUAUGAUCGCAAUGAUCCUAUGAGGCCGACCGAACCGUCUCUGUCGGAGCUGCUCGGCGAACUUCCGGCUUACUCACCGACUCCCCAAGAAAACGUCGCCGCGGCGGCUCGACAGUCCCCGCUCGCGUUCAUGACGUCAUUGCUCCCAUCACGCCUGCAACGUCAUCGGAGACCCACCUCGUCGCCGACCCGUGCAGCCGUCUCCGGUGCACACCCUCUUGUUUAUUUCCCAUCGUCCUCUGUGCACCCAGACACAGCAUUGCCGCGGUGCGGCCAGGUACAUUUCACCAUCGGUGGACGUCAGGUGCUGAGGGCGCCACGGCCGUUACCUCCCUCGGGGCAUCACCAGCCGCUGGACUUCUCCGGUGGCACUAGACAGCAGGGACCGGACCUGGACUCGAAUCUCGGCGGUUCACCUCCGCCGCCGUACAGCGAGAUCUCACCACCGGCCUACAGCUCGUUGUUUCCAAACAGUUGUUGACGUCUGUCCUAGAUUAUAACUACACAAUGGAAGCCAUUAUAACACUAGACUAAUUUCAUACGAUGCAAGCCAUGAAGGCAUUGAGCGAUUGUAUUAUUAUUAUUAUAUUUAUACUCUAGAAGCCGCCGAUUAGCAAUGUUGAUAGACAAAAUACCAGGCUUUGAGAUUUACGCGCUCGAACUUCCUGACAUUGUUGUCAACGAAUUUUUCACGGGCUACUUUUAACAAAAUAGUUAGUUAUCCGUGGUCUCAAACGUCAUUUGGAGAGGUCAGAGUGGAUCGGUUCCUGAGUUUAUAUUCAAAAUACGUUAUUUUAACAGUUGUUUUAAGUUGGUUUGAAUGAGAGGUCGUAGCCGAGUUGCGGUAAUUUGUUUGAAAGAAAUUUGUUCCAGGUAUAAUCAUUUAAGCGGAAAUUUGUUCGAAAGUAAGUUUUUUCAAAAAGAAAUUUAAUCCAGUAAAAAAAAAUGUAAGUAUAUUUGCCCCCAUUUCUCACUCGCACCUUUCCAUAUAAAAGCAACACAUUGAAAAAGUAAAUCUGUAAACCUCACUUUAAAUUUUUUUUUAUUUAGAGCAAACUUCCGUUGAAACAGUUUUCCGUCAGAUGUAAACUAGUUGUUUGAUACCUACUAGCAGUAUUAAUAGGUAACAAGUAAUUUCUACGUUGUAAGUUCAUCCCCGGAUAAUUUCUGGGGCUAAUACAAAUCAGUAUGUACAGUGAUAUUAAAUUUAAAAUUUUAAGUGUGCGAAUUUUAUGUGAAGUUAAAUUGUACGAUGGAGAGGAAGAGAGAAAGAAAGAGAUAGCAAGAAAUAAAGAGACAGAGGGUGGGAAGGGGGGAAAUCAUGUGAGAGGGAGAGAAAGGAAAAUAAAGAGACUGAGAGAUACUGAUAGAGAAAGAGAGAAUUAAAAUAAGAGACACAGAGAUAUUUUUUUUUUAAAAGAUGGAUGCAGUGUAGCGUAAGUUUAAAACGACUUUACACCACUGACACAAUUUAAGUGGAAUCAAAUUAAAAACUAAUUUAAGCGCCACUCCCAUUUGCUUUUGUCAACACAUUUUUUAGUGUCUCGAUAAUUAGACAUGUUUUAUCUAAAGUCAGUUUCUUUGUAUUAUUAAUACCCCACUCCAGCCCCCCCCCCCCAGGGCCAUAAGGCAUUCGUCUGCACCUAGCACAUAUCUCCCGUCAGACCAAAAUGCGUCUCGCUGCUCACAAUUCGUCUCACCCCCAGACUCAUGUGAUUCAGGUUUAAGAUCCCCCACCCCACUUUUUUUUUUCUUUGCUCCAUUCACACAUUACGUGUUGAGGUUAAAGUCUCACAUGAGCGAGGAGUUAAUAAAACUUAAUCAAAAUCAAAUUUUUCUUCAUUGGCGACAAUAAUCAUAUACAAAUAUUUCUCCCUCUAUGCCCAAUUCAAGAAAUAAAAAAAAAAAAAAAAUACACACCAUCAAUUAUGAAAUUUCCUGUUGUCUCGGAGGCACGCACAUUGUGUGAUCGCGGUUGGAUGGACAUCUCAAGACCCCCCUCCAUUUUGGCUAUAAAUUGACUACCGCUUUCUCUUCAUAUUUCAGAAGCAGGGAUGCCACCGACCUUGAAGCCAGUGAACAUGGGAGACAAACACAUUCCUGAAGCUUUCCGAAACGUCAAACGUGUUAUGGCGUCGGACUUGAACGUCAACAACAUCUCAGAUCAAAUCUUUGGCGGAAACAACGGGGAUUCGGAGCUACCUCUCUUUAUCAUGAUUCACGUGAUCGUCUACGCGAUCAACACGCUCGCGAACCCCAGGGGCUCGUCGCUCAAGGACAUAAGGAAAAUGCUCUGCUCCGCGGGAGUCAUCUCGGAGACCACCGACCUCCGUCCGGCCAUGAUAGCGGGGCUGAAGCUCGGGGCCAUCGCCAGGCCCUUCUGGGCGGCCCAGGCCGGGGUGUACGGGAAGUACGUCGAAGGGGACGGGAUCCCGAUAUUCACCGGGAGGAAGAGCGUGCCCAAGCAGAAGAGGCACCGGAGCAGCGCUUGGAUCGCGCCCAGGUCUGAGAAGAGGAAGCGAGUGUCGGGGAAGAAGACAAAGCCCGCGAAGAAACGCGGUAGCGAGCUGAGGGCGAGGUUCAUUGAAAGACGCUGGUGAAACGACGCACGCAACGGGGGAGACGCAUGACCCGACCCUUGUUUGGAAUGAUCCCCAGGCAACAUUCGGGUAAGGGCGAACGGGUUGACGAUGACUCCAAGUGCAGUGUGACGCCAAGAUGCGCCACUUAGGCAUGGAUGUAUCGUCAUAUGAUUUUCUCCGACGGCCACAAACAGGAAAAUCCCAGAGAGCA